UUCCCUUUUUGUUAGUACGACAGCAUCAGUGGAAUAAUCGAUACGUUUCGUUGGUCAGUUCUGGAUUUAAAAAAAAAAACACGAAAAAUAAAAAGUUAGCGGUUAGUUCCAUUUUCGAAAUUGACAGUUCCUGGUAAUGAAAAUGGUGAAGUCUUUAAUGUUUAUUGUGUUUUUGUUAUGUUCGAAUGCGGUGAUCGGAAAAAUUGUAAACAAAAGAAAGUGCCCAGAGGUGCGAGCUGUACCACACUUCGAUUUGCCCGGGAUACUGGGAGACUGGUAUGUGGUUGAGUACUACGCGAGUGCUGAAGAAGCGCUCUCAUACAGUUGUAUGAAAGCCGUGUUUACUCAGGACGAUCACGUACCCGCCAUAGAUGGUACAAUAGAGUGGACGCCAGGAGUGACCAUGAACUUUACGUACCGGUUCGCGGACGACCCCAUAGGCGAGACUCUCUUCGGAAACAUUACCUGGAAGAUCGAUCUGAACCAGCCUGCGCACUGGACACACGCUGAAAGCACAUAUGACGGCAUUUACAAUACGUACGUGAUAGACACAGAAUAUAAAACUUGGGCGUUACUGCUGCACUGCGCGGAGCAGACGGAAGGCGCUCGUUACCUCACCGCAUUCGUUCUGUCCAGGACAACCAAACUGCAGAAGAACGUGAUGGCGUACCUGCGAGACAAACUGCCAAGAUUCGAAGUAGAUAUCAACUAUGUGUUCGCGAUCCCUCACGACGACUGCGCCGUGAAGCCCCCGAACCCUAACUUCGGACCCUUGAUGCUGGAUGCCCAGAGCAAGAAACUGAUAAGACCAUCUGUCAGUUACAAGGUCUUCGGUCAUUAAAAGAAAUAAUGGUUUAAUUCACACCAAAUUAUAUUAAUUAUUUUGAAUAAUUAAAG